CAGACGAAAACACUCCUCCUGUCUGUGUUCACGUGUGUUCGUGAGUUGAUCUGAGAUUUCUUUUUGUAAUGUAUAAAUGUUUAUAUCGGUUUAUUGAUAUAUAUUGCUUAUGUUAUCACGAUGUUUAAAUUAUUACAGCUAUCUGCGGUUCAGUUUUCGUCUCUUAAAUGUUUAAAACGUGUGUCAGAGCUAGAAAACAGAAGAUGGUGUCACCUUUACUCGGGUCUUCUGUCUCAAAGUAGCAGAAACAGCUGUGUUUCAGUUGACAGGACUAAAUGCUUAAGAUUAAGAUUUCACACCACUGUGACAGUGACUUUAAAAGACUCUGAAAGAACUGAAAUACAUAAAGAAAGACUUCAGUCAUUAUCAGGAUCAUCUUCAUUAUCUUCCACUCUACAUCCUAAUCAGACCAAAGCAGUGUACUCCUCUGUAGAGCCAGAUAAAGAGGAGGAGUUUGCUUUUCUUGAGUUUUCUGAUGUUCAGGACCAAGAACAAGAAGAUGUUCCAGAGCAUCUUCGCGUAACUGAGUCCAUGAAGGUCAAAGAGGACAAAGCGCCCAAGAUUACCAGCGCAGAGCUGCGGCACAAGGCCUUGGAGCUUCAAUUGAAGUCGUUGAGAGAUGUUGCCACCAAGGAGGUGGACCAAGAGGCGUCCAUUGAGUUCCACGACGAGGGAUUUCCACUGGAAAAGUCAUCUAAUAAGAAGAAAUUGAAAAAGAAGCAAGAGCAUAAAGUCUACGGUACGCCGGACGCAGAAGUUCCAGUAAGUGACUCCUGCUGCACCGGCUGUGGUGCCCUGAUGCACUGUACCAUCCCUGAAGUACCUGGGUACCUCCCCAGCGAGAAGUUCAAACAGCUGAUCGAGGAGGACUCCUUAAAGCAGGCGGUGUGCCAGCGCUGCUUCCUACUCGUCCACCACCAGAAAGCUCUGAAUGUCACAAUGUCCAAAGAGGAAUACAGGAAAAUAGUCGGUAAAAUAAAGUCUCAGAAAGCGCUGGUGCUGCUCAUCGUGGAUCUUCUGGAUCUCCCAGACUCCAUCGUCCCAGACCUGCCGCAACUCGUGGGCCAAAACAAGCAUGUGGUGAUUUUGGGGAACAAAGUGGACCUGCUGCCUGGAGACACAGAUAACUACCUGAAGAGGAUCAGAGGGCAGCUGGCGCAGUAUUGUGCAGACGCAGGUGUAGCCAUCACUGACCAAAAAGACAUCCAUCUCAUCAGUGCUAAGACUGGGUACGGCAUAGAGAACCUGAUCACCAGGCUGCAGAUGUCCUGGAAGUAUAAGGGGGAUGUGUAUCUGGUUGGCACCGCCAACGCUGGCAAGUCUACGCUGUUCAACACCCUGCUGGAGUCUGACUACUGCAAGUCCAGAGCCUCAGACGUGAUCCACAAAGCCACCAUUUCUCCAUGGCCAGGAACAACACUGAACCUGCUGAAGUUUCCCAUCAUCAAUCCAACACCGUACCGGCUGUUCCGGCGGGCGGAGCGUCUGCGCCUCGCGGCCCAGGAGACGGAGGAGGACCUCAGCCCGGAGGAGCUGAAGAGGAUCAGGCAGUUCAGCAGGCAGGGGUACCUGGUCGGUCGGGUCGGUCGGACGUUCCGAGUGGAUCAGUCCAAGAAGAAGUUGGUGGAGUUCGACCCGGACAGUCUCAGCUUCGGAGAGGACCUUACUGAGGACAGCGUAGGGAAACCGCGCGAGGACACGGACACUGUGGAGACUGAGCUGCCCUAUAACGAGAUUAAAGACGCCCACUGGUUCUACGAUACCCCCGGCAUUAUGAAGGAGUACGAUGUUCUCAGUGUGCUAAACGAACAGGAGGUGAAGAUAGUGUCGCCCACACACGCCAUCACCCCGAGGACGUUUCUGCUGAAGCCUGGCAUGGUGUUGUUUCUGGGAGCGCUGGCACGCAUUGAUUACCUGGAGGGGAAUCAGUCGUGCUGGUUUACGGUCGUCGCUUCUUCACAAAUUCCAGUGCACAUCACCAGUUUGGACAAGGCUGACGCCGUCUACGAUAAACAUGCGGGGAACUCUCUACUGGCUGUGCCAAUGGGUGGAAAAGAGCGCAUGAAAGAGUUUCCUCCUUUUGAAGCUCAAGACUUUGAACUGGAGGGUCAAGGAGUGAAGACGGCGGUGACGGACAUCAAACUGUCCUCAGCAGGUUGGGUUUCGGUGACGGCAGCUCAGGGGGAGCGUCUGCGGUUGCGGGCUCACGCUCCCAAAGCAGCAGGACUGUGUUUACGGACGCCGCCGCUGCUUCCUCACAUCGUUAAUGUGAAGGGAGACCGCAUCCGCAAAUCUGCCGCCUACAAACCCAAGAAACCCCAGACUGUUAACAACAGGAGUCUCCCGGUACAGAAGGAACGGAAGAGAAACUGAAAAAUCAUCUGAAAGUCUGGACGGGUCACUCUGUCUUUAUGCAUUGAUACAGUUUUAUGUAUAUAUUUGACUCAUUACUUUAAAUACUUUAGUGUAAAAAUGAUGUUUAAUACGGUUAAUAAAUUACAAUUAAAUAAAUCAUUACAGAAAGUAA